AUGUCGCUCGUUCCGUACUCUUCGAGGGAUAGUCGAGAGAUUGUACUACGCCAUGACGAUGCCAUCGUUGUCCGCGAUCCGCAAACCCAAGAACUCGCCAUCCGUGGUGCAACCACUUCCCCUUCCUUCUCCGACUGUCCUACCUGCCAUCGACCAUUUCGAAGCGCAUCUCCCGAACGCCAGACUUCUCCCCACCGGUCCCCGCGCCACUCAUCGCCCUUCAUCAGCCCGGAAUACUUUCGAAUGCUGCAUGACGUGAAUGGCGGAGCAGAAAAUCACGAGCCACCUUCAAGUCCCAUUCGGAGACUCGUGGAGCCUGUGGCAACUUCGUUGACGACCGGUCCGGAUGGCUCGGUGUCGAAUGCUGACGCGGAGUUUGUGGCAAGUAGUCCGGACCCGGAGGCUGCACACCACAUCAAAAAGGACGCCUUUAGCCCGAAUUAUUUCAAGAGAUUCUUUAUCGAGGAAAAGGAGCUAGGGAGGGGCGGGAAGGGGGUGGUGUUGUUGGUCAGGCAUGAACUCGACCGCGUGUCUCUAGGGCAAUUUGCUUGUAAAAGAGUGCCUGUUGGAGACGAUCAUGCUUGGCUGGAGAAAGUCCUCAUUGAGGUGCAGCUUCUCCAGGGACUAUCGCAUCCAAAUCUUGUCUCAUAUCGACACGUCUGGCUGGAAGAUGCCAAACUUAAUCGAUUCGGUCCGUCCGUUCCGUGUGCCUUCAUCCUUCAGCAAUACUGCAACUCUGGAGAUCUGUUGCACUACAUUAUCGGUCAGAAUCCAGGUAUGCCCAGUCCGAAGGAGCAGCUGAAGGAACAAAUUCGAAGGAUAUCACGGGGGCAAGCAGAACGGCCGAAAGUCGCAAAUCCCCAUCGGAAACUUUCUUUCGAGGAGAUUUACUCGUUCUUUAAGGACAUUACAUCUGGCCUUGCGCAUCUCCAUGCAUCCAGUUAUAUUCACCGCGAUCUCAAACCGAGUAACUGUCUGCUGCAUCAAGAUGGGACUGAUCUGCGUUGUUUGAUCAGUGACUUCGGCGAAGUGCAACCUGAGAAUGUAGCUCGGAAAUCUACUGGCUCGACGGGCACAAUAUCCUACUGUGCCCCCGAAGUCUUGAAGCAAGAUAAAUCUGGCCAUUACGGAAAUUUCACGACGAAAUCAGAUAUUUUCAGUCUUGGCAUGAUAUUAUAUUUCAUGUGCUUCGGAAGACUCCCAUACAAAAGCGCAGAUAGUAUACAGGAAGAGAAUGAAGAUAUAGAUCUUCUCAGAGCCGAGAUUAGCUCCUGGUCUGGAUUCCAGGACGAGCGGAGGGAACGUCCAGAAUUACCAAAUCAGCUCUAUAACUUUUUAAAGAGGCUGCUAGCGAUCGAUCCAGCAAAUAGACCUAGCGCACAGGAAAUCGUGCAAGCACUUCAACAAGAAAAAGGCUUGGAUAAUCCGCCACAGAGCCGAAAGGGGAGUAAUGUAGGGCUUAGUGGGCGGAUUAUCCAGUCGAUCGAUUCUCCGAUGCCACCAGGCACUCCUAUUAAUGAACCUGUCAAGCGCGUUCGCUCAGGGGCCUACAUCGAAGAUGCCUCUGUUGAAUCGCCGUCGCCUCCACCAUCUCCCAACUCGCAACUCGCCAACGAAUCCCAACAUGAAAACUCCCGUGGCCGCAACCCUUCCUCCCGUCCUACGAAAGCAAAGGUCAGAAUACCACUCUUGAUGGCCCCACCUUCCACACCAAUGUCAACCGUCCGCCACCGCCUCUCCGUAUACCGCCACUACAUUAUCUCUUGGGUAUUUCUAAACCGGCGCUUACUUCUUCGACUUUUCGUCUUCCUCGCAAAAGUCGUCUCUAUAACGAAACCAUGUUUGCCUGUGAUGCCAAAAGAAGGUGUUUGGUGGCCUCUCAUGGGGCUCGCUGCUUUGGAACUAGCCCUCGGUAGUAAACUCGAUUGGAGGAGCAGGGCAUUAUUAGUCGCUAUUCAUGUAUUUGUGCUAGGGUGGGUGGUUAAAUUUGGUAGAGGACUAUGUAGUCCUGCUAGGUUUGAGAGAUGGGAGUUUGAGAAUUAA